CGCCAUAGGUAAUGCUAAAGUAGCAAACCGAUUUAGCUCCAAACCAAAUGUAGCCGUCUUUGUAGUUUGAGCGGCACUAAAGUUAUUACUUUUCUUUAUAAACAUCCGUUUUUACUUCAGUUGUCUAUGUAAACGUGGAUGUGUCGUUUUACGGUCACAAACAUUAGCAAGACCCUAAAGUAAAGUACUCAAGUCCGCAGAUAAUAAUAGACGGCGUUAUACGAGCUAACUUUUAGGCUACAACAUGCCAAAUUUUUGCGCGGCCCCAAAUUGUACACGGAAGAGCACCCAGUCAGAUUUGGCGUUUUUUCGGUUUCCUCGGGAUCCAGAGAGAUGCAGAAUCUGGGUAGAGAAUUGCCGCAGGGCAGAUCUGGAGGCCAAAUCAUCGGAUCAGUUGAACAAACAUUACAGAUUAUGUGCCAAACACUUCGACCCAGCCUUGGUGUGCAAAACUAGUCCCUAUCGGACUGUGCUGAAGGACACCGCCAUCCCGACAAUUUUUGAUCUAACAAGCCAUCUAAAAAACCCUUACACCAGACAUCGCAAGCAGAUUAAAGAACUUACUGAUGAAGAUAUUAGAAAAAUGAAAGAAAGAAGGUUGGCUUUGUCUACACAGAAAGAUAUUAAAAAUGAUCAGGAUACCAUAAAUUUGAUUGAGGAUGAACCUCAGCUGUCUACAGAGGAGAAGGAGUAUCGGGAUUAUCUGAGGUCCUUGUUUGAGAUUCUGCUCAUGGUGGCAAAACAAGGAAUUCCUCUAGAAGUUGAGAAAGUAUCUGAACCUGAGCUCAAAUCCAACAACUUCCAGGCCCUUCUGGAUUACUGCAUGAAUGCUGGAGAUCAGCCUCUCAGGAAGAGGUUUGAGGGGACAGCUGUGAACACAGAAUACUUGUCCACCAUCCAGCAGAGUCAGCUCCUUGACGUUUGUGAGAACACAGUGCGAGAGGAGAUGCUCAUGGAGGUCAGAGAGAGUCGUAUCUUCUCCCUGGUGACGGGUGACCUUGUUGAGUUUGCAGACGGGAAACACUUCCCUCUGUUUGUACGCUUUGUGAAUCAGCAGAAUGUUCUCAGAGAGGAGUUUUUAGACUUCUUACCAUUUGUGGAUGGAGAUGAGUCUGCUUUGGUAGAAAUACUUGAGGCCCAACUGACUGACCGUUGGGGGCUCAGCAUGGAGGACUGUCGCGGUCAGGCCCACAGGGCCACCGGGACCUCCACCACCAAGAUGAAAGCCGUUGCAGCCCUCCUGAUGGAGAAGUACCCUCUUGUACUGCACAUGCCCUGCUCUCAUAUGGCUCUGAACAUCCACUUAGCCAACAACCUCCCUUUUCCCAAUGUCCAGAUUGUCAUGGAAACUCUGAGAAGAAUCGAAUCUUUGUUUAAAACCCCGCUAACUCGGGGUGAACUCGAUAAGGCCAUCUCGACCCAGCACCAGAAGAACGAGGAGAAAGCAGCAGCUGUGAAACAGUUGUGUGUCUCCGGAUGGACGGAGCAACACAACGUCUUUGAUGUGUUGCUGGAGAUUUUACCUGCGCUGCUGCUGUGCAUGGACAACAUCUGGGAAAACGGCGACGUACUGUUUUCCGCCUCAGUGGCAGCGGAUGCGUAUUCCAUUGCAGAAAGUCUUGCAGAUUUUGAGACCGUCGUCACCAGCAUCAUCUUAAAGAACGUUCUGACAUUCACCAGAGCCUUCGGGAGGAAUCUGCAAGGAGACACGUUAUCUGUGUUUGCUGCUGCUACCAGUCUAACAGCUGUCCUGCACUCUCUUAACGAGGUCAACGAUAAUAUCGACGUCUACCAUGAAUUCUGGUAUGAGGAAGCUGUGAGCCUGGCUGCCUUGAUGGAGAUCCCCGUGUCGAUCCCGCGGCUGUUCGUCCGGAAGCAGCGAGCGGCCGACAUGGGCGAAAUCCAAGCCGAGUCGUACUUUAAGGAGUAUGUGACCAUACCGGUCAUCCGCGGCAUCAUGCAGGAGGUGGAGGACAUGUUCUGUGAGACCAACAUGAAAGCACUUAAGUGCUUGUCGCUGGUUCCAGCCGUCAUGGGUCAAAUGAAGUUCAACACCACCGAGGAGAACUACGCCAGCGUUUACCACAGUGACCUCCCCAACCCGGACACGCUCCCCGCUGAGCUUCACUGCUGGAGGAUCAAGUGGAAGCACAGAGGCAAAGAGGUGCGCCUGCCUACCACCAUUCAUGAAACCCUGCAGCUGCCGGAUGUUAAAUUCUUCCCCAACGUCAACAACUUCCUGAAGGUGCUCUCCACGCUGCCUUUGCUCAAACUGGAAGGAAAUAAGAGCGAAACGGCAAGCGAGCGCCUGCAGACGUAUCUGGACAGUGUACCGGCCAAGCAGUGGAACAAAAGUAUUGCGAUGCUCGGCGUGAACACUCACGUGCGACAUGACGUAGAUGUCAUGGUGGACAAAUACUGCAGGCUCUAUCCUGAGGAUGAACCUGAAGUGGAGUCCGAGGAAGUAUCUGGGGAGGACAUCAUGAAAACUGUGGUCUGAGUUUGUGGCAGAACAGAACAAAACCCCUAUUUUUCUCAUUUCUCCUGUCCAGGCUGAUAUUUUCUAUCAAUCCUAAAUGUUUUUGUUAGCUGUGCUUAGAUAAAAGUGUUAAUUAUUUAAUCAGAAAUGUAAUUAUAGUUGAUAUUUCUCAUCAAUUACCUCAGUUUCUUUGUGCAAGAAAUGAAAGGAAAGGAUCUUUCUGAUAUUUUUAGUGUGUUAUUGUGUGAAAGUUACAAUGUUGGGUUCUGUUGGACGUAGACUAUUUCUGCUCUAGAAGUUGUCUAUAAGAAGUAAUUCAUAACGUUACACGAAUGCACUUAAAAGUUUCUGAAAAUACUUUAUAAAAUGAUGUUAAGAGUAAUAUGUAAACAUUCCUUGUAAAUAUUGUGUUUUUUACUUCAAGUUCUCCUUUUGUAGUAAUGCUGUGAUUCAAUUAUGUAAAUAAAAAAUGCACACGUCA